GUGUGGCUCCUCUGCCGCUGCAGUCGCCUGCUCGUCGGACUCGGUGCUCACCUUUCUGGGGGGGGUGUGUGUGUGAGAGAGUGUGUGUGUUUAAAAAUGGUGAAGGUAACCACGGUGAAGACCAAGCCGUACGCGGACCAGAAGCCCGGCACGAGCGGCCUGCGGAAGCGCGUGACCGUGUUCCAGCAGAACCGGCACUAUGCGGAGAACUUCAUCCAGAGCACGAUCGGCGUCAUCGCGCCCGCCGAGCGCCAGGCGGCCACCCUGGUGGUGGGAGGGGACGGCCGCUUCUUCAUGAAGGACGCGAUCCAGCUGAUCGUGCAGAUCGCGGCCGCCAACGGGAUUAAUCAUCUGGUGAUUGGUCAGGAUGGCAUCAUGUCCACCCCAGCAGUCUCCUGUGUGAUCCGCAAGGUGAAGGCAGUCGGUGGCAUCAUCCUCACAGCCAGCCACAACCCAGGUGGCCCCGAUGGGGAUUUCGGCAUCAAGUACAAUAUCUCCAGUGGAGGACCCGCUCCAGAGGGCAUCACAAACAAAAUAUUUGAGCUAAGCAAAGGCCUGCAGGAGUAUCACAUCUGCCCCGAUCUGAAAGUGGAUCUCUCCAAGAUUGGAAAGCAGACCUUUGAAGUGGACACGUUCAAGCCUUUCACAGUGGAGAUUGUGGACUCAGUGGAGGCCUACGCCGAAAUGCUGAGGGGCAUCUUUGACUUUGCCGCACUGAAAGAGCUUCUCUCUGGGGCAAAUCACAUCAAUGUCCGGUUGGAUGCGAUGCAUGGAGUGGUUGGUCCGUACGUGAAGAAGAUCGUCUGCGAGGAGCUGGGUUCUCCUGCCAACUCGGCCGUCAACUGCGUCCCCAAGGAGGACUUCGGGGGCCACCACCCUGACCCCAACCUGACCUACGCCGCGGACCUGGUCAACACCAUGAAGGGAGGAGAAUAUGACUUUGGAGCCGCUUUUGAUGGCGAUGGUGACCGCAACAUGGUGCUGGGUAAACAUGGCUUCUUCGUGAACCCCUCAGACUCCGUGGCCGUCAUCGCCGCCAACAUCACCAGCAUCCCUUACUUCCAGAAGACCGGUGUCAAAGGGCUGGCCCGUAGUAUGCCCACCAGUGGAGCCCUGGACAAUGUGGCCAAAGCUCUUCAGAUGCAGCUGUACGAGACUCCAACUGGCUGGAAGUUCUUUGGGAACCUGAUGGACGCUGGCAAACUCUCCCUGUGCGGAGAGGAGAGCUUCGGCACCGGCUCAGAUCACAUCCGCGAGAAGGACGGCCUGUGGGCGGUGCUCGCGUGGCUGUCAAUCCUAGCCACCAGGAAACAGGGCGUGGAAGACAUCAUGAAGGAUCACUGGCAGAAGUUUGGCAGGAACUUCUUCACCAGGUACGACUAUGAGGAGGUCGACUCGGACGCCGCCAACAAGAUGAUCAAGGAUCUGGAGACGGCGAUGUUCGACCCAUCCUUCGUGGGAAAGAAGUUCUCGUCGGGCGAUAAGACUUACGAGGUGGCUGUGGCCGACAACUUCGCCUACACGGACCCGGUUGACGGAAGUGUGUCCAAAAACCAGGGCCUCAGGAUCAUCUUCUCCGACGGUUCCCGGAUCAUUUUCCGUCUCAGCGGUACAGGCAGCGCGGGAGCAACCGUCAGGCUCUACAUUGACAGCUAUGAGAAGGACCCCCAGAAGAUUUACCAGGACCCGCAGGUCAUGUUGGCUCCCCUGGUGGACAUCGCCCUCAAGGUUUCUCAGCUCCAGGAGAGGACUGGACGCACCAGUCCGACUGUGAUCACAUGAUUCCCCUGCCUCCACUCACUCCUCAGGCAACAGGAUACCUCCGCUCUCCUGAGGGACGGGGGCGGGGGGGUGAAGCUGGCCUCCUAAAAAGAAAAAACGGACCUGGAUGCAAAACUGAAACUUAACAUCCCGGUUUUAAAACCAGAAAAAUCCACGAGCAGCUCUUGAAUUACCUUCCACUGCCGUUGUCUAGUGUUAGUACUAAUAUUCUUCUUCCUUUAAAAAAAACUGGAGAAACACUGCCUGAGAGUUCAGAAUAUUCAUAUUAAAGCUUGUCAAGUGACUUGUCUGACAUAAAGAGAUUGUCUCAUGUCCAGACAAAGUCAAAAAAAAGAAUAGAUUUGGCAUCAAUAACAAAGAAAAGGAACAUUAAGGGAAAGUAAACUUUAAAGAUUUAACUGUCAACUGUGUUUGUGUGUCUUGUAACUUCUGUUCAACUAUGUUAUUGUCCACAUGUGUCUCUGAACUGUAUCAUUAAAUGAGGAAACUACCAACCUGAUCAUGAAUCAGCAAUUUGGGGGCAACCUCACCCCUCUCCCGCCACUGUCCCCCCGACUGACCCGACGCCCCCUUUCCUCCCUCCCCUUCUCCAAAAACCACCGCAACAGCCUCUUUAACGCGAACCACAGCUCAAGCCUUGAAAACGUGCACAUCCACCAUUAAUAAAAAGAACCUGACGUAAAAUAA